AUGACGAGACGCGCUGCAGCCAUCCUGAUGUUGACGCUCUCGCUCCCGGCGGCGGCCCUCCUCGUCGCCGCCGUCGACGUUGCUGUCGACACCAUCCGCCUCCCCAGCGACGGCGGCGAAGGUCUCACAACGAGCAAAGGAGGUAAGGAGCAGACACUCCCACUGCCUGACAAAGUAGUGGCGCCGAGGGAGGGGAACGUCGGCGGCGUCCUCGAGGAAGAGGAGAGGCCGUGGGCGUGCUGCAACAGCACCGUCUGCACCAAGUCCAUGCCGCCGACGUGCCGGUGCCUGGACGAGGUCGAGGAGUGCGCCGCCGCGUGCAAGCACUGCGAGCCGUCCGGGUUCAACCCGGCCUUCCACGUCUGCAACGACCAGUACCACGGCGACCCAGGGCCGACGUGCGCCAAGGAGGAGAGGCCGUGGGCGUGCUGCGACCGGACCGUCUGCACCAAGUCGUUCCCGCCGACGUGCCGCUGCCUGGACGAGGUGGAGGAGUGCGCCCCCGCGUGCAAGCGCUGCGAGCCGUUCGGGAUCAACCCCAACCGCCACGUUUGCAACGACCAGUACCACGGCGACCCCGGGCCCAACCGCGGCGCGUCGUCGUCGCUGGGGAGCCCCAGGUCGCCGCCGCCAUCCUAUGGGAGCAUCGUCACUGUGCUGAGUAUCGAGGGCGGUGGUGUGCGCGGGAUCAUCCCCGGCACCAUCCUUGCCUUCCUCGAGGAGAAGCUCCAGGAGCUCGACGGGCCCGAGGCGAGGAUCUCGGACUACUUCGACGUGAUCGCCGGGACAAGCACGGGAGGGCUGGUGACCGCCAUGCUCAGCGCGCCCGAUGACGCAGGCCGCCCGCUCUUCGCCGCCAAGGACAUCAACAAGUUCUACCUCGACCACUGCCCGAGUAUCUUCCCUCAAGCCAGGAGCAUGAUGGGACCAAAGUACAACGGCGAGUACCUCCACACGGUCGUCAAGAAGCUCCUUGGUGACACGCGGGUCGGCGAUACGCUGAAUAACGUCGUCAUUCAGACCUUCGACAUCAAACUACUGCAGCCCACAAUCUUCUCGACUUACAACACCAUGAAGGAUAAAUCGAAGAACGCUCUUCUAUCGGACGUCUGCAUCAGCACGUCCGCUGCGCCGACCUACCUCCCCGGCCACCACUUUCAGACAGAGGGCGAGGACGGCACGCCCCGGCAGUUCAACCUCAUCGACGGUGGCGUCGCUGCAAACAAUCCGACCUUGCUAGCAAUGACGGACGUAAGCAAGCAGAUCCUGAUGGGAAACCCCGACUUCUUCCCCAUCAAGCCCGCGGACUAUGGCAAGUUCAUGAUCCUUUCGCUGGGCACCGGUACCGCCAAAAUCGAAGAGAAGUUUCAUGCUGCCGAGUGCAGCAAGUGGGGCCUCCUUGGGUGGCUCUACAACAGGGGCGCGGCGCCCAUCAUCGACAGCUUCAGCCAGGCAAGUGCCGACUUUGUCGACAUCCACGCCUCUGUGCUAUUUCAGGCGCUUCACUGCAAGAAACGCUACCUCCGGAUCCAGGAUGACGAGCUCAAGGGCGAGACGGCCUCCGUCGACGUGUCCACGCCAGAGAACCUCAACCGGCUUGUCGAUGUUGGCAAGGCCCUGCUCAAGAGGCAGGUGUGCAAGGUGAAUGCUGAGACGGGCAAGAACGAGCCCGACCAAAAUAGGGGCACGAACAGGAGGAGCUGGUCAUAUUUGCACGCAUGUUGUCGGAAGAGCGCAAAGCCAGGCUUCAGGAGGGCGAUGUUGAAUUCUAGAGACUUGGGGUAA